UUGUCUAUUCUGAGUUCAACACACACUGAACACACAUUCAGAGGCUCCACCAGAACACACUGUAGCUCAAUAAGUCAGUAUGGAUUUGUAUGAGGUCAGGGGUCAUCUAGAUGUGAUCACAGAGGAGAUGACGCUCAGUGAGGAUGAUGAGAAGGCAUCUGAUGAAGAUGCAUUUGUGUUAGUGCAGGAGACACACACAUCUGAUGUGUUCUGCGAUCAGUGCAACACCCUGACACACAAGAGCGCUGCAGCACAUGCGCAGCACAGAACCAUCACACUCGACGUGGCCGCCCAGCAGAUAAAGGAUGAACUGUCUAAAUGCAGCAGUAAAUUAAGUGAGAAGAUUGUUGAGAUGGAGAACUUUGCCAGUAACCUGGAGGAGAUUUUCAUCACUGUGGAGGAGAAUUUUGGCCGUCAGGAACAGAAUCUGGAGCAGCACUAUAAUGAAGUUCUGCAGACGUUGUCACAGCGGCAUGACAAGCUCGCUGCCGAGUUGGACGAACAGAAGAAGCAAAAACUGGAGUUGUUGUAUGGCGAGCUACUAGACUGCGGCCAAACCCUCGAAACAUCAAAAGAGCUCAUUGAAAGAGCGCAGAAAGUCCAUCGCAGUCAAGACAAACGCGCCUUCCUGCAGGCCGUCAUGCCAAUUAUUAAAAGAGUCGAGCAAUUUGCUAAAAAGGAAGUGAAUGUGAAAUUGGGUGUUUCUCUGGACUUUGAUGCGCCCACUGCAGAUCUGACAGAAGUCAAACAGAUGAUGAACUCCAUUAAUGUGCUUCCAGCUCCGUCAGCUCCAGUUAUGAAUCCUCAGAUGGUUAAUUCAGCUACAGACUCAUCUCUUCGCGUUUGCUGGAGUUUGUUUUCUGACGACACUGUGGAAUUCUACGAGCUUCACUGGCGCCUGAUCAGUGACGACUGCAGCUUAGAAACCACACAAGAGGUGUGUCAGUUAAAGGUGAAGGAGACUCACUGCACUGUGUGUGAUCUGCUGCCUAACGCACAGUACGAGCUCUGGGUCACGGCCACCAACACCACCGGCAUCAGCCCAAGCAGCGAGAGAGCCGUUUACAUGACAGUACCUUUUCCCCCUGUCAUUAAGCCUCGCGAGUGUGUGAACAGUCUAGACAUGGCGUUGAUUCGCUGGGAGUCUGGAAACACAAACCCGGUGGAGUCAUACACACUGGAGUUCCAAGAAACCAACACAGACAGAAACUGCAUCACAACUGAGUCCAUCGUUGCAAUUCCAUCCUGCGAGUGUUUGGUGCAGCUGCAGCCAUGGAAACAGUACGUCAUCCACGUCAGAGCCGUAAACAUUGGCGGCCAGAGUGCAAGGAGUGAAUCAAUCAACAUUGCCACCACAGGUACGUAUUUUCACCUGUUGGAAGAAACAGCUCAUCCCAGUCUGUCGCUGUCAGCUGACGGUUUGACCAUGUUUUACCUGGAUGAAGAUCUGCCUCUGAGUCACAUGACAUUCAGUGACAACACCUUCGCCAGGUGUGUGGCGGUGCUGGGUGACCUGGUGCCCGUCAGGGGUCAGUAUUAUUGGGAGAUCGAAGUCGAUGAAACGACAGAGUUUCGCAUCGGAGUCGCGUAUGAAGACACGCAGCGCAACUCUUACCUGGGCGGGAACAACACGUCCUGGUGCAUGCGACACAUUCUCACGCCAUCCAGACAUAAAUACGAGUUCUUGCACAACGGUUGGACGCCAGACAUUCGCAUCACGGUGCCGCCGCUGCGGAUUGGUGUGUUUCUGGAUUGUGCUCGUGGAAUUCUCUCCUUCUAUAAUGCAGCACUGCAGCAGCACUUGUACACGUUCACCUGUCACUUCCUGCAUAACCUUCACCCUUGUUUUGCACUGGACAACCCCGGAGCCAUGACGCUCUGCACCGGAACACCAACUCCCGCUUACAUCACACAACACUGA